AUGUCUAAGCGAUUAACAUGUAAUGAUAAUGACUUAAUGAUCAAUUUGACACCAAGACUCAUCCCACAGAUAGCAAAGAAAGUCACCACAGAACAAGAAGAAGAAAAAGGAGAAAGAAGAAUUCAAAUGGCAGCAAGAAGUUCUUUGAUCCGCUUUGCCUUCGUCUGCAUUGUCUUGGCCGUAUUGGUCAUGAGUGCCGAGUCACACGCCGGGCACCACCAUGGUCCAGCUAUGGCUCCGAUGCCACAUGCUCAUACUCCGGCUCCAGGUGCUCCGGCUCCAAGUGCUGCCACUUUCUCCGCCUAUCCUCAGCUCAUUGCAACCGCGUUGGUCGGUGCCUUGUCUUUCGUCCUCUAAGAUGUGUUUCCAAUCUUCUUCCGAGUGUUUGCUCUUCUGAGUUGUUAAUUACUUUUAUAUUUUAAUGUCAUCCUUGUUUUUUGUUUGUUCAUUAACCAAAAAAAGACUGUGAUGUUCUGUGUCUAUUACAAUAAAUCCU